UUCACAGAAGCUAAAUUGCAAACAAUUAAGUUCCCUGAAAAACAGAAUUGUUGAAGUCAUCACACCAGCUCGGCCAGCCAGUGUCAGAGGCAUCACCUCCAUGAGAGCAAUGUAUUAUAGACUGCUUAGCUUUUUUGUUUUGAGACAAAUUAUUUAUAGGUUUCAAGUAAGUGGAAUGGUGAUGGACUUUGCAUAGAAAUUGUAGAAGAAUGAGAAAGGUAUCUUACAGCAAGAGUUCUAUGUGGUUGGAGACCUAAACAUCACUUGGAAUGCAAAUGGAAAGGGAAAACUCAUAAAUCUCCUACAUGCACCACAGCCCUUUGAACUGGGCAAAAGCGCGCCCAGAAAGGCAGAGAUCACAAAGACCAGCAACAACGCGAAGCGGGUGUUUGUGUUUCAGAGGUCUACACCGUCCCCUGGACGUCUUCGCUUUCGCUUUCACUCCGCAGGCCACGAAAGAGACGAAGAGGCAGCGACGGGGGUUGGCCGGCCUUCACAGUUCACUCCAAAUUUGCCACUGUGGAUACAAUAACAACCUGUCAUUUGGAUUGCCAUAUGUAGAUCAGACAUUCACCUUGAAGACGCUGAAAAUGUUUUUAUUGCUACUCAUUUUAAAUCUUGCUACUUUAUUGGAUGGUGAUCUUCAUAGCGAGAAAACCUAUUCACCCACGGGAAAUGGAAACAAUUCAUUUCCUUGGAAUAAAAUUAGGCUUCCCAAGCAUGUCAUUCCGGUUCAUUAUGAUCUUCUUAUUCAUCCAAAUCUCACCACUUUAACUUUUAGUGGAUUGGCCAAAAUAGAGAUUACGGUAACCCAACAGACUAGUUCAAUCAUCCUGCACAGCAAAUAUCUUCAGAUCACCAAAGCUGCUAUCCAAGGAGCAACAGGAAACAUUGGUACUGAUAAAGGAGUGAUGAUUUUAGAGUACCCACCAUUCGAGCAGAUUGCACUUGUUGCUACUGAACCACUGCAAAUUGGGCACAAUUACACUAUUAGUAUUGAGUACUCUGCUAAUUUGUCAGACAGUUUUCAUGGAUUCUAUAAAAGCACAUACAGAACUCCGGAGGGAGAUGUAAGAGUACUUGCAUCAACACAGUUUGAGCCAACAGCUGCACGUAUGACCUUCCCUUGCUUUGAUGAGCCUGCAUUCAAAAGUAAAUUUUCUGUUAAGAUCAGACGAGAACCAAAACAUCUUGCACUAUCUAAUAUGCCUUUAGUGAAAUCUAUAAACAUCGAGGAACAACUCAUUGAAGACCACUUUGAGAUCAGUGUAAAGAUGAGCACUUACCUGGUGGCCUUCAUUGUUUCAGAUUUCAAAUCAGCUACCAAGAUGACCUCCUGUGGAAUUAAGGUUUCAGUAUAUGCUGUACCACACAAGAUCAACCAAGUGGACUAUGCCUUGGAUGCUGCAGUAAAACUAUUAGAGUUCUAUGAGGGAUAUUUUAGCAUUCCAUAUCCUCUGCCUAAACAAGAUCUAGCAGCUAUUCCUGAUUUUCAGUCUGGUGCAAUGGAAAAUUGGGGAUUGACUACAUACAGGGAAUCUGCUUUACUGUAUGAUCCUGAAAAAUCUUCAGCAUCAAGUAGACUUGGAAUUACUUUGGUUGUAGCCCAUGAACUGGCUCACCAGUGGUUUGGAAAUCUGGUCACCAUGGAAUGGUGGAAUGAUCUUUGGCUCAAUGAAGGAUUUGCAAAGUUUAUGGAAUUUCUGUCAGUAAGUGUUACCCACCCAGAACUGAAAGUUGAAGAUUAUUUUUUAAAUAAGUAUUUUGAUGCUAUGGAGGUAGAUGCUUUAAAUUCUUCACAUCCUAUAUCUACUCCUGUUGAAGAUCCAGCUCAGAUUCUAGAAAUGUUUGAUGAUGUUUCCUAUGAUAAGGGAGCUUGUAUUCUAAAUAUGCUACAGGAUUAUCUCAACCCAGAAAUAUUUAGAGUUGGCCUUGUAAAAUAUUUGUCACGAUUCAGCUAUCAGAAUACACAAAACAAAGAUCUGUGGAACAGCUUGUCAGAUAUUUGUCCUGCAGAUGGUGCUGAUGAAAGUAAAGUGCAAAAUGAUGGGGUUUGUGACAGAAGCAAGGAGACAAUCUCAAGUUCUCACUGGACCAGAAGUAAGUUUCAUGAUGUGAAGACAAUGAUGAACACUUGGACGCUGCAAAAAGGAUUCCCAGUGGUAACUGUGACAAUAAAAGGGAAGAAUGUCCAUCUACAGCAAGAGCACUACAUGAAGGCCUCUAGUUCUUCACCCACAGGGAAUUUGUGGCACAUUCCAUUAACGUACAUUACAAGUAAAUGCGAUGAUGUUCAAAGGUUUUUGCUGACAACCAAAACAGAUUACAUCACCCUCUCUGAAGAAGUGGAGUGGAUAAAAUUUAAUGUGGGAAUGACUGGUUAUUAUAUUGUGCACUAUGGAGAUGACGGAUGGGAUGCUCUGAUUCGUCUUUUAAAAGAAAACCAUAAAGCAAUUAGCAGCAGUGAUAGAGCAAGUCUCAUCAACAGUGUAUUCCAGCUGGUGAGUGCUGAAAAGCUGCCAAUUACCAAAGCUCUUGAUUUAACAUUAUACCUAAAACAUGAAUCUGAAAUUACUCCUGUGUUUCAAGGAUUGAAUGAGCUAAUUCCUUUGUACAAACUUCUUGAGAAGAGGGACAUGAAAGAGACAGAAACCCAAUUAAAGGGAUACUUAGUCAAUCUAUUUAAAAACAUGAUUGACAAACAGUCUUGGGAUGAUGAAGGCACAGUGUCUGAGCGAAUGCUUCGGAGCUCCCUACUUACAUUUGCAUGUAUACGCAAGUACCAACCAUGCAUGGACAAAGCAAAAGAGUACUUUAUGAAGUGGAAGCAUUCUGAUGGAACUUUACAUUUGCCCACUGACGUUAAAUUUGCAGUAUAUGCUGUUGGAACACAGACAGAUGAAGGCUGGGACUUUCUUUUCAGCAAAUACCAACUACCUGAAUUUAAUGCUGAAAACGACGUGAUUGAAGCUGUUCUCAGCCUAAGCCAAAAUAAGGAAAAGCUUCAAUGGUUAAUGGAUCAAGGUUUACAAGACAAUAUAAUAAAAAUUCAGGAACUUCCUUAUAUCGUUACUUCUGUUGGAAGGAACCCUGAAGGUUAUCAGUUAGCUUGGAAAUUCUUGAAGCAGAACUGGCAGGCCCUUGUAAAAAAGUUUGAACUUGGUUCACGUUCCAUUGCAUACAUGGUUACUGGAGUGACAAAUAAGUAUUCCACAAAGGCACAACUUGCUGAGGUAAAAGGCUACUUCAGUUCUCUAGAAAAAAGUAGUUUAGAGCUCCGUGCUGUCCAACAAGCAAUAGAAACCAUUGAAGAAAAUAUUCAGUGGAUGGAUAAGAACCUUGAAAAAAUCAAGAAGUGGUUGCAGACAAAUAGCAAAGUGUGAAAUUGUAUGUGAAGUACUCUUUCAGAACUAACAAUUUUGCACUGGAAGAGGACUGCUCCUUUGCCUUAAAGAAAGAAAGCAACAUCAAUAUUAUUGCCUGGACUGCUGAGAUCACAUAACCAACACUGAGGUCCUACUGGGAGGAAGGGUGGGAUUAAAAUAAAAUAAAUGAAUGCUGUGAAUAAAUACUUCAAAUAAAACAGUAAAACAAA